UAUAAAAUAGAAUAUAUACAAUAAUAAAAAUAUUAAUAAAUAAAUAGUGUUGUUACAUGUAUAACAAGUUGUUUCUCACAAAUUUAAAGUUGAUAAAAAUAUAAGAAUUUUUAUACACAAUCUAACAUUCCUCGUCUAACACUUGUUUAUCAAAAUGAAUGAAAAUAAUGAUGGUUCUGAACUUGAAAGCAAUGAUGAUUCCGAAUUUGAGAGGGUUAUUGAUUCUGAAUUACCAGGUAUAAUUGGAGCAUUGUUAAACUCUUUGGAUGACAAGAAUCAAGAUGUUAGAGUAUCUGUCAUUAAAUCGAUUGAAAGAAUAAGCAAGAAGAAUCCAAUGGUUGUCAGUCGAGCUACUAUAUACUUCUGGGAAAUGCAUAAAAAGAUAUCCAUGGAACAUAUGGCAUCUCUGUUGAACAUAAUGUCCAAUAUCUGCAGACAUUCAGCUGCAAGUUUAAACAAAGGUGUAGCAACGUCUUUUGCUGAAAUAGCAGUAAAUAAUCUAGUAAAAGAGACUGAAAAUGAGGCAGCUGAAUUGUUGACGGAACUUUGUAAAAUGUAUUGCAAACAAGCCAUGGGUGGACUUUUGCCUAAAUUAGGACAUGGGAUAAUUCCCAACGCCACAAUAGUUUCCACAAUAAAAAAGCUUACGAUAGCGAAUCCAUAUGGGAUGUUGUCCUUUAUUAAAAUAAUAUUGACUAUUAUGUUACCAAUGUUAAAUCAAAUACGUGAAGAAGCUCUUAAACAAGAAGUUUGUCUUAUGAUUAGUAAGUUUUGUGAUGCUAUAAAUGAUUAUAUGAUAAAUGCAAACGUCCCAGAAUUUAACAAACAAACUUUUGAGGAGGAUAUCUAUUGUGCCUACAAUAUUCUAAUGAACAAUUGGUUGAAAACAUCUCGUGAUUCUGAAUCAAUAGAAGCUAUUUUAACUGCAUUAGUUUCUAUAAUACCUCUGCAAUCCGAGCAGCAAGAUAGUGAGAGAAUUAUAAGAUUGAUACCUAUAUGUUUAAAUCUUUCUAAGAAAUCAACUACACGUUUGGCUGCAGUAAAGGUUUUAGCUGUACUUUUAAAUUGCGUCAACACCGAAAGUGAUAAAGAGACACUUUACCCAUUUAUAGAUUAUAUACUUCAAAUUUUAUUCGAAUAUGUUAGUCUCAACCCUUACGGAGCACUUCAAUAUGAGGUUCAUAUCCAUCACGAAGUGCUGAAGUGCUCACAAUCAUUGGUUGUCUUGUAUCCUGAAGAAGGUCUCGACAGAAUCUUGCAACAGUCAAAGUCACCGACUGCCAAUCAACGUGCUCGUGCUCUGGUCGUUCUGAAAUUUCUCAUAAACACUUUUUCAAAGGAUGAUGGAAUAUUGCAAAGAAUAGCGCUGAGCCUGCAGGAGUCUCUUGGAGAGGACAAUACACUGCAAAUGAUUAGUGUCAUAGCGGCACUCGCGGAAAAGCCGACAUUUCCUCUUCUACCGUUACAGAGAGCAAAAUUUAUUCGUUAUCUGGUGUCGCAUUGUGAAACGAAGAACGACAACAUGAGAGAAUGUUCUACAGCUUUACAUUUAGUCGCGAUAACAGUCAACGGUGCCGAAUCUUGGUUGUGGCCGUGUUUGAUAAAUGCAUUGCUGGAUCCAUCUUGUACAGCAUCUGCUACAUCUGUGUUACAAUCACUGACUCCGUUAGCAACAAAAAUAAUAUGUAGUGAAAACUCUUCAACAGACGAGAGGGAUUUUCCUGGCACGAAAGUCUUAGGUAGAUGUCUAGAAUUAUUAAGCGAUCCAGUUAAUCGACUUGCCGUUGUGAUUUUUUUGAGGGCGGCGGCACCUUUGAUGGGACACCGAGUGAAACCUUACUGGGAUGAAAAGUUACUGGAGCUUUCUCAGGAAUGUGCACACAACGAACCGAAAAAUUCCAAAGGAGCAAAAGAAUCCACGCAAUGGGAUUUAAUUUGGGAAAAUAAGGUGGUAGAGUGGUUGGAAGAGAGCGUGAAAUUAGAAGGAGAAUCGUGGGGCGGCAGCGUGGCGAACGAACUUGUUUCGAAAGCAAGCAAACCGAAUGUAGCCUUGCUUUUAGCAUCUACGUGCAACAAUAAUGCUCACAUUAAUCUGCUAGUCGAACUCGCACGUUCUCACGGCACUACCAAGGAAUUCGCGCGAGCGGUCGGCAUCUGCGCCAAACGACAUUUGAAUAUCGUGUUGAAAUUAAUGGAGGAAUUUUGCACUGCCGAGGACGUCAGGAAAGUCCCCUUGAAGCUGUUGGGUUUAAUGAGAGACGCGAAAGCCGCGGCUACUGCUGAAGCAGCAAAGGCGGGUUUGUUGCAAUCCUAUGCUGAAAUUGCUCGGAAAGUGGAUCCGAAGAAAUUCUUCCCCGCGUAUGAAAAGCACGUAUUACCGUGGACCGUCAAACAAUUGAACGAGUCUAAGGAACUGUCUACAAAAGAAGCGGGACUGUUAGUCUUGGAACAAGUAGCUAAUGCUGUUCAUCCUACCAAAUUUUCCGAAUUUAAGGGCUUACGUAUAAAGGCUACUGCUCUGACCACUUUAUUGGGAAUUUUGCAAUCGUCAACUGGAUAUAGACCGUUGCAGCUUUACCCAGCAAUACUAAAAGCAAUAAACUCUCUAAUACGUAUAGCGCCAAUGCUAAAUAAUGAAGAAAGAGAGAUAUUUCUCAGUGCAAUAUUGGAUAAGACAAUCAGUGCCAGUGGACAGAUUACUCUUCUUGUAAAUCCAAAAAUAAUGCGACAAGUCAUAGAUGAAUUGGGUGCCACAUCUAGUGAAAUUGUAUCUGAUUCAGCAGAUGCAUUAGCUGAGUUAUUCGAUAUAGUGUUACCUUGGAUGCAAGCCAAGUCAAAUAUGGAAAGAAAAACAACUCUCUUCGUAUUACAUACAGUGCUACAGUCCUAUUAUAAUUCUUUAAAGUAUACAUAUCCAGGUGGCAAGUUGGACGCUGGUAAAUUAGUAGCGAGAAUUUUCUGCUGGUGCGCGGACAAUGAUUGCGAUUUGAGACCAAUAGCGAUAGAUUGUACACUUCUUUCUUUGGAUAUUGCAGCUCGUCACCGUCAAAUAUUAUCUGAUAGCCCCUCGAUUGAAAAUCUGGAACAAAUAAAGAAAGAAAUAACUGAAAACGAUGCAUUGUCCUAUGGAACUGUAAAAGAUCUAGCUCGUGCAGUAUCAAAUAAAAUUCCCAACAGUGAGAUAGUUAGCUUUGCAGAGGGAUUGAUAGAAGGCUUGCUACUCUAUCAAACGAAAGAAGCAGGCUAUAUGGCGGCGAUAUGUCUUGAUCAACAUUUUUUAAUUAGAGGCUCAGAGAUAUCUAGGACCGACGUUUGUUUAGUUGAUAGUAUUAUUAUACAAAUGCGACAAAUUGAUAAUAAAGUUUGCAAGUAUAGUGCAACAGUAGCUAUAAUAUCGCUGAUGAAGCAUCAUCUGGAAGAAGUGUGCGAACAUCUCUUGUCUCAGCCACUACCUUUGGAUGCAGGUACCAAAUUGUGUUGGGAAGAAAUUCGCAAUAACGACUCUAUUGGACCUAAAACUUUAGAAUUCCUACUGAUAAAACUCAAAUCUGGCAGUCUGUUCAGUGAAGCUGUGAUGUCUUCUGGAAAAAAUAAUACUGCAUCUCUCGCGUCCUUGUCAGUUGUCGUGGCCUUGAAAUAUCUUUUAGAAUCUCCGAAUAUUGAAAACUUGAUUCAGAAACAGUUAGCGGAAUUGUUAUCGAUUCUCCUCAAGUACCUUUCAGGCUGGCUACGCAUUGAAGCUCCUGCGUCACUGGUAAACACCAAGUACGGAUAUGUACCGAAUCGGGCGGCGCAGAAGAUGAAUCCAUAUGCUGAAGUGUAUUCUGUAAUAACUAAUAUAUUGAUGGUCAUUCAGCCGGAAAUCACGUAUAGUUUGCUAGUGGAAACCUCCUCUUCCGAGACGCAAAACGAGGAGAGCGUGAUAUUUAUCGUACAAACAUUGAUUAAAUGCAUAACGAACAGGCACGAGGUUCUGUUGAACAUGGCGCAGAUCCUGGGUAAAUUAGUGACUAGUACCAUACCCAUACAACGGGCAAUUGCCGUGACAUUUUACACGGAACUGAUCGGCAAAGUGGACUGUGGCGUUAUAUGGCUUGAUACUAUAAUUAAUACUCUACACGAAUCCAAGACCGAUUCAUCGUCUUUGGUGCGAAAGCACGUCAUCAUCGGACUUGCUAGAAUAGCUUAUUUGGAUCCGAUAUUGGUCGAUGAUUACUUUGACAAUUGUAUGGAUGCUUUACUUAACGGACUAGAAGAAAGCGCUGGUGGGGAAGGCGGGGCUGAAGUGGUACUGGAAUCGUUGCGAGGUCUCUCCGAACUAUUAUCAGCUCAAUACAAGAGGCCCGAAAGUCUGCGAGUGAUAUUAGCCUUGAAACCGUUCAUCGAGAAGGAAAAUUGGGAAAUGAGGCUCGCCGCUAUAGACGCUUUGGGUGCGAUAGCUACAAAUUGGGAAAGAUCAAUCAGCUCACCGGAUGAUGAUUUGAUCGAUCAUCUUCUAAGCUGUUUGCCGUCUCUGAUAAUAAGAUUAGAAGACUCAAAUACAAUGGUAGUUAUGGUAACACGGCAGACGUUAUGUAAGGUCACUACUGUUGUGCAGAAUAAGAAACUAUUGCAUGUGAUACAUGAGAAUUUGGGACCAAAAGCGAAUUUUAAUUUCGAAACUUUUUCCGAGAUUUUGAUAAAUUGUUUGAAAGAUGAACUUCCACAAAGAGCGGAAGAACUCAGAAAUGCUGUUGUUCGAGGCUAUUCCAAAUCGGAGAAUGAUUAUAUCAGAGCUACGUCCGCGCUGCUCUUAGGAUUUUUCAGCUCUCCGAGACCUGAAGACAUACAAAGACUGUUGCAACUCUUGCGUGAUAAGAAAAGUAUCGUAAGAAUACGCGCUUCGCAAGCUCUUUCAUUUUGUUUUACGCUUUAGCGCGGAUAUUUCGAUAAUUUGUCGCACUAGUUAAGAAUUGCAUCUUCCUUUUAAAUUAUAAGAUUUUUUGUAGGGCUACAUUUUUAUUCUUUUGUG